GGCACUUAACCUAUGUAGCUUAGGACAUGACCACAGUUGACCUUUUGGCAUUGCCUGCUCUUUCAAUUUUCGAUGGUUGUUUCACAUUUGUUCCCAUAUUCUGCUUCUAUAGCAGCGGCACCCAUCGCUGUCUCUUGUCAAGAUGCCUUUAAGAUAAUGCCAUACUUGUUCUCACCUAUAUCUGCUACAGUUUUGCUCUAUGUGUUGUUCUUUUCGUCAAUUACCGGCUGACACUACAUCCCCUGAGCGCUUACCCCGGGCCCAUUUCCGCCAAGUUGUCUGAUUUAUACAACCUUUACUAUGCGGUAUUGAUGGGUGAACAUAUCGCCAUCUGGCGAAAUCAUCAAUCAUAUGGUCCUGUCAUAAGGCAUGGCCCGAAUAGGUUGGUGUUCAACACCAUCGAGGCUUUGCAAGAUAUUUAUCACAAUGAAAGGGCUUCCAAAGCUAGUCUAUACCUGAACAUCAUGCAAGCUCCCAAUGUACACAGCGUCUUUACUGUAAUUGAUAAGCGGCAACAUCGUGUAAAGCGUCGGUUGAUCGGCCAGGCUCUCAAUGAGCGAGGUAUGCGAUUGUUCGAGCCUAUUAUUCUCCAGCAAAUCGAUAUUUUUAUCCAGCAGUUAUCUCAACCCUCCGCUGGUUCCAAGCCCAUCAACAUGUCGCCCAUGUUAAGGUACUUGACACUGGAUAUUGUCUGCCUUUUAUCAUUUGGAUUCCCCUUGCGGACACAAGAGAAAGAUGAAUACCGAUUCGUUUCAGAGGGUAUUGUGGCUGGGAACUAUUUCCAGAACAUGAAGCUACAGUGUCCCCUCUUGACACAACUCCGGAUAACCGAAGCCCUACAAUUCGUUGGAAAUAUACGCGAAAAGAGGGAACCAUACAGAGCUGUAGUGAAGAAGCUAAUUGGAUCUCGCAUGGCUGAGAACAAAGAUGCCAAGUUAGACCUAUAUUCAAUGGUCGCAGAUCAAAUAAACACAGGAGGGCCAGAGAAUAUUCAAACAAGCGAGUUGUGGGCAGAGGCCAUAUUCAUAUUUGCGGCGGGUGGCGACACAACUUCUUCUCUCAUCGCGGCCCUCCUCUUUUACCUAUCUCGCAAUUCGCACUGUUAUAACAAGCUAGCCCAUGAGAUUCGAACUUCGUUCAAUUCCAGUGAUGAAAUUCGCAGCGGUCAAAAGUUAGCCAACUGCCAGUACUUACGGGCUUGCAUCGACGAAGCCCUGCGUAUGUCACCGGCGGCCCCAGGCACCCCUUGGCGGGAACAACUCGACACGGAUGAUGUGCCGUUCGUCGUAAACGGCCAUGUCAUACCUCGCGGAACCAUUGUUGGAGUGAACGUUUACUCUAUCCUCCACAACGAAAAGUACUUCCCCGAGCCUUUCGUCUACAAGCCGGAACGAUGGCUCUCUGAGGGAUUCGAGGGAAAGUUGAAAAUAAUGCACGAUGCAUUUAUUCCAUUCUCGGCAGGAUCUCGCAUAUGCGCAGGAAAGGCAAUGGCCUAUUUAGAAGCGAGUGUGACGAUCUCAAAAACGUUGUGGCACUUCGAUUUCGACAAGGCCCCGGGUAAUCUCGGUGACCUUGGAGCUGGAAGUAGAAAGGCUACCUAUGGCAGACAUCGGGAGGGUGAAUUUCAAGUUUACGAUGUUAUUUCCUCCACUCAUGAUGGACCCAACUUGAUAUUUCACCCAAGAGUUCAUUUAUUAUGGGAAAGAGUUGUCUAGGACCGUUGAUACACUUCGUUAUAAUACAUUAGUAUUUAUGUGUUUACCUAGGUACUUACCAUAGAUAGAUAUAUGGUACGUAAGACCUGGUCUGAUCGUGGGGUCGACUCGCUCAUGGCUUAUCGAGAUACGAAAGUGCAU